GUUAUGUAUCUGACUAUGUUUCUUAGUAGUGUAGGUUUCUCAAUUGUAAUUAUGUCUGUGUGGCCAUAUCUCCAGAAGAUUGAUCCAACAGCAGAUGGGAGUUUCUUGGGCUGGAUUAUAGCUUCAUAUAGCAUUGGCCAGAUGGUCUCUUCUCCCCUGUUUGGGCUGUGGUCCAACUACAGGCCACGGAGGGAACCUCUCCUAGUUUCCACUGCUAUCUCAGUAGCUGCUAAUUGUCUUUAUGCCUACGUCCAUGUACCUCAUUCACACAACAAAUACUACAUGCUGUCUGCACGUGCUCUUGUGGGAUUUGGAGCAGGAAAUGUGGCUGUAGUUCGAUCGUAUAUUUCGGGUGCCACUUCUCUUAAGGAAAGAACAAGUGCCAUGGCUAAUACCAGUGCCUGUCAAGCAGUUGGCUUCAUAUUAGGACCAGUUUUUCAGACAUGUUUUACACUUAUUGGAGAAGAAGGAAUAACGUGGAAAUUAAUUGAUCUUCAGCUGAACAUGUAUACAGCACCCGUCUUACUUGGAGCUCUCCUAGGAAUUAUUAAUAUUAUUCUCAUCUUUGCCAUAUUCAGAGAGCAUCGAGUGGAUGACAUGGGACGGCAAUGCAAAAGUGUCAAUUCUGAAGGAGAAGAAAGUGGUGCUCUAGAUCAGGACACAGAAGGAGAUAUUGACCAUGUGGCUGUGGUAGCAAUCAAUUUCCUUUUCUUUGUCAUCUUGUUCGUGUUUGCUGUCUUUGAAACUAUAGCCACUCCUCUGACCAUGGAUAUGUAUUGCUGGACCAGGAAAGAAGCUGUUUUUUAUAAUGGAAUAAUCCUUAUCGUGGUUGGCAUUGAAUCAGUUAUUGUUUUCAUGGUGGUUAAAAUUCUGGCUAAAAAGACUGGUGAACGUGCCAUGCUCCAUGGAGGCUUACUGAUUGUCUUGGUUGGAUUCUUUAUCUUACUACCUUGGGGGAAAAAACUACCAAAUAUCCAGUGGCAAGAAAUAAAGAAUAACUCCAUUCCGAGAACAACCUACACUGAAAUGGUAAUGCCCUUCUGGAGUUGGCAGCUUCCAGCCAACCACACAGCAGAACCUGUGGGCUGCCCCAUCAGUCAGUCCUGGUGCCUGAACACUCCCAUGAUCUACCUGGCCCAGUACAUCAGCUCUGACAUACUCAUUGGGUUGGGCUAUCCAGUUUGUCAUGUCAUGUCUUACACUUUAUACUCCAAAAUUCUAGGACCAAAGCCUCAGGGUACCUACAUGGGAUGGUUAACUUCCUCGGGAAGUGGAGCACGAAUACUUGGGCCUGUUUUUGUAAGCCAAGUAUACACACACCUGGGACCCCGCUGGGCAUUUAGCUUAAUCUGUGGAAUAGUCGUGGCCUCUCUCCUACUGCUGGAGAUAGUAUACAAGAGACUAAUUGCAUUUUCUGUCAGAUAUGGAAGGAUGCAAGAAGAAAAUUGUUAAAUAUGUAUUUAAAAAAUCCCAAACAACUUACU